GAUUUUUAAAAACAUUAACAUCGACUAAUUUACACCAGGCCGUGUCAAGUUGAUGUUUCUGGCGGAGUAUUCAUCAAGGAGCACCUGAUGUGCUCAACAUAUUUAGUCCGCGCUCAAAAAAAGAAAAAGGUGUCAACAGUUUUGUUUCUAUAAUGGAUGAAUUUCCAGCGUGUAACCUCGACUACCUUCCAGAAAACAUUUUAAUUGACGUGCUGUCAUAUUUGAGCGUGCGCGAGCUUGUUAGAGCUGGGAGAGUGUGUAAGAGAUGGAGACGCCUUGUAAAGGAUCAAAAACUGUGGAGACUUGUCGACUUGACAGCGUGGAAAGGGAUGACGUCCCGUAUCUUGUGGGUCCUUCUGCGUCAGUAUCUCGGUUGUGGACUACGGUACUUACGACUGCGUGGUUUGCUCCUCUCCGUCCGAGGUGGCACUUUCCUCUCUGAGGCUUGGCUCAAAGCUCUGUCCACAAAGUGCCCUCGCCUGAGCAAGCUCUAUCUUCUGCAUGCGGACUUGAGAAGCCUGCCCAGUUGCCAGCUCUUGCCGCCAUCCUUGAAGGUGCUGGAGCUGCAAGGCUGUGAGCUGCCUCAUGGUUUCUUCAACCAAGGCAUUGCUGCUUCACCUCAAGAGAACACGCAGGCGACUUCCAGCAUUAAUCAGAAACAACGAAAAAGACACAGUGCGCCAUCGGGGAUUUCGAUUGAAUGUUUAAUUCUCAACAGCGUUCCCUCUUUUAAGGACCAACACCUGCAAAGUCUGACAUCAUGGGAGAGGCUCAGUCGACUGGAGUUAUGCGACACGUUUCACGUGACUGCAAAUGGACUCCGAGGCUGUGCCGCCAAGGAAGGUGUUUGCGGCUUGGAAGGUCUAUUCCGGCUUAAGUUUCUGGAAAUGAGCAUCACCACGCGGCAGGGCUACCAGAGACCAAUGGCCUCCUUAGGCUUAGAAACAGGAUGGCUUGGACUUGAGGAGCUGAGCCUUGGCGGUAAGGAGGUGGCGCCAGGGUUCCCCUAUGCCAGCCGCCUGAAGGACCUGAAGCGCCUCUACCUGAAGGCCUGCACUCUCGACGAGUUGCAGGUUCUGCACAACUGCAAAAUGCUGCGUGGUCUCCCCGGCUUCCUCAGAUUGGAGUUUUUGGAUGUGGUCUUUCAGCCGCGCCGUUGCUCACCUGAGGGAGCGGCUGGUGGCGAGGGGGAGCAGGAUCAGGAGGGUGAGGAGGAGGCCGCCGACGCUGAUCACGGCGACAACGGCAACAAUGACAACAAACCGGAUAAACUGAUCCAAAAUUUGCGUCGCUUGCUGGCAGUUAUGCUGCCGUGCUGCACACUGGCCUUUAACAAUUGCUCUGUUCAACACAAUUCAAAUCUCGGUUCAAAUUUAUUUAUAUAGCGCUUUCACAACAGCCGCAGUUCUAACAAAAGCGCUGUACACUAAACAAUAAUGAUAAUGCAAUCAUAGAUAACCAAACAAAAUUCUCUCCGAUCAAAAUACACGAUAUCUCCAUUCGGGAUCAUAAAUGUCGCAAUCAUAGCGCGACGUCAUUUAAAUUUGCUUCAAACUGAGUUUAAAUUUUAAUUAAACCAGCAAAUUUAGUUUUCUGACAGCCGAUGAUUUGGCCAUAGGCCAGUAA